AUGCACCCCCGGUGCACCUCACCGUAUUUCAUCAACUAUCGCAGGCUGGCUGCUACAGGUAUGAGUGAAUCCAAUGCCGACCCCAAGCCUUCAGAGGCUCCGGAAACCGGCCAAUCAGAACAUUCGGGUGCUGAGACCGCUCAGAGUGCCCUCCGUAAUCCACAAAAUACCGAAAACUUACCAAAUGAUGACGAUUCGCAAUUUGCAAUUCCACCAUCGGUCCGAGUUACUGAGGCUGUACAACUGCAACCCGAUGAAAAUCCCUCCUCCGAUGCUCCUGCUGUAUCUAGUAUCCCUGCAGUCUCUCCAGGACUCGCCCAACAAUUCACAACUCCACUGAAGUCACUUCCUCCACUCAAAGAUAUCGAACCCAUUACAACUCCUCGUUCAUUUGAUGUAGCCAAGGACCUCGAAGACCCUGAAAGCUCCCCUGUGGUCACACGAGCAGAAAAUGCCGGCGAUGAUGACGAAAACCUCAUAAAUACAUCAUUUGCUGACGAUACAUUUGCACAAACUCAACCCCACCAUUCAUUUGAACAUUCCUCAGACAAGUUACAGGUGAUAGCAUCCUACCUAGACGUACCUAUAUCGGAGCUUUCUGGAAUCAGCACAUCUUUGGUAAACGCAUUAGAGUCGAAGAGUGCUGACCAUGAAGCUCUUCGUUCUCAGUUGUCUCUACUUCAAGUCAACCAAGAACAAGCUGCUCAAUUGCAGAACAAGAAAGUGGAAACUCUUCAAAAGCGUCUCAGAACGUUGGAUGCAAAGUACCACCAAGUAAUAACUGAUAAUGAGACAAAAGAUGAAGAAAGAGUUUCGGAAUCUCGACAGUUGACCGUUUUGCGUCAAGAAAGAGAUUCUCUUCUGCGGAAACUCGACCACCUUGAGCUGCAAAUCUCUCAGCAACAAACCCAGCAUGCAUCCACUGUAUCCCUCAAAGAUCAGGAAAUCAUACGACUCAACGAGUCGCUUUCGAGGUUGACACAAGCUAAUAUUGACGAUAGCCAAAAACUUAACCAAAAUUACCCGUGA